AAAGCGUAAGCGCUUUUCUGUUCAAGUUUUGUUCGCUUCUCCCUUCUCUCUGUGAUCCCAGUACAGCUUAGGAUUAUCAUCAUCACUCAAACAGGAGAGAGAGAACCAGAAAAUGAUAAACGGAGUUUAGAGAGAGUGAGAGCGAGUGACUUACAGGGCUUAGCUCUAGGAACCAUGGAAUCCGAUAAGGACUUGUGCUGCUAACACAGAGGUGGAGAGUGGUCUCCUUCUCUCUGCCUGCCCUGCUGUGACCCCCCUUUGUUUCCCAAAAAUCUGUUCAUCAUUUUGAACUCAAUUUUGGGUUCCUCUGCCUUUCAUCUCUGCUUUCUAGUUGUUCAAACGAGGGGAGAGUUUGAGUCUCUUCAAAAAUAGCUAGGUGAAAAAAGUUGGCAUAUUGAGUAUUGGGGUCAAAAUUUCUUGUGAAAGAUUUUCCAAAGGAAUUUGAAGUAAAUGCAUGGAUCGAGGGGACCGUAUGGCGUUAUCUGGGUCUGCAUCUUACUAUAUGCAGAGAGGGCUAGCUGGUGCUGGAGCGCAACCUGAGUUACAUGGUUCCCCUGGUAUUCGUCCCCUGUCGAAUCCCAAUCUGCCAUUCCAACCCGGCAUUGGAGGUGGUGGUGCCAUUGGAUCCUCAUUACCAUUAGAAUCUUCUGCAAUUUCACCUCAUGGUGUCAAUGUGGGUGCUCCUCCUGGUGCACCGCCUGGAGAACCUCUCAAACGGAAGAGAGGAAGGCCUAGGAAAUAUGGUCCAGAUGGGAGUGUAUCGUUGGCAUUGACUCCAUCGUCAUCUAGUCAUCCCACUGGAGCAUUGACACAAAGCCAGAAGAGAGGUAGAGGCCGUCCUCCGGGAUCUGGAAAGAAACAGCAGUUGGCUUCUCUUGGUGAAUUGAUGUCUGCUUCAGCGGGGAUGGGUUUUACUCCUCAUAUCAUCACCAUUGCAGUUGGAGAAGACAUUGCAACAAAAAUAAUGGCAUUUUCUCAGCAAGGGCCUAGAGCUGUAUGCAUUUUGUCAGCAAAUGGUGCUGUCUCUAAUGUGACGCUUCGACAGCCUUCGAGUUCAGGUGGCACCGUCACAUACGAGGGGCGUUUUGAGAUAUUGUGCCUAUCAGGCUCUUAUUUGCUCACUGAAAGUGGUGGCUCUCGCAAUCGAACUGGCAGUCUUAGUGUUUCGCUAGCUAGUCCUGAUGGCCGUGUCAUUGGUGGCGGGGUUGGUGGAUUGCUGAUUGCAGCAAGUCCUGUUCAGGUGAUAGUGGGGAGCUUCAUAUGGGGUGGAUCAAAGACAAAGAGCAAGAAAAAGGAGGUUGCUGAAGAAGCAGAAGUAGCCCUGGAAUCAGCAUCAUCAUCAUCAUCAUCAGCGGUUCAUAAUCCGCCUGCAUUGAACAGCAUUUCACCGAAUCAAAAUCUCAGUCAGGCUUCAUCUCUGAGUUCCUGGCCGGCUCCACCUCGUCAAUUGGACAUGCGUAAUUCCCAUGUUGACAUUGAUUUAAUGCGUGGGUGACAAGUGAUAUGAUGAUAUACACCAGUGUGCCACUGUGUAUACACGUUUCAGAAGGAAUUCGCGAUCACUCAUCUAAUCUUGGUUGUAGUGAUAGUAAUGACCGACAGAGGAGUAGAGGCAAGCUGACUCGUGUGGAAUUGAUGAGUGUUUCACUUUUCCACCCAUGAUUGUUGUACUCAUAUUCUUGUAGCUUUGAGGAAUUUAUAAUCUGAAGAUAUCAAGCUCCAUGACGUUAUAUUUAUUUCUCGUUGGAGAUUUGGCUGCAUGAUCUUGUAUCCCAGUCGCUUUAAGCGAUUUAUCGUGAGUAUAUCGUGUCAAAAUAGUUGACGUGUCCAAGAAAGGCUAAUCGUUUACCUGGGACUAACUUGGUUUUGUGAACUGAUCUUGAAUUGAAGGAACGAGACUUGGCUGAUUAAA